GUGCGACUGAUCUCACCAAAGGCACUACUCAGCUCAUCCUGUCUUUGAAUGACAGUGCAGUUCCUGACGGCAUUUCUGUCGAUUCAUCUUCGAGAAAAAUAUUUACACGGACACUGGAAAUGAUGUAAUUGCUGUCAUGGACAUGAAUGGAAGCCACCAUGACAUCAUCGUUACACAGGAACUCGACGAACCCAGGGACAUCGUUCUUCAUGAGGCAAACAGGACGAUGUGCUGGACAGACUGGGCAACAGCUCCAUACAUAGCCACAGCAGAUUAUGACGGAAGAAACAUCAGAAAGAUAGUCACCACCGGUCAGGGAUGGCCAAAUGGGCUUACACUUGACAGGAACAAUGGAAUUCUGUACUGGUGUGACGCCAAGACACACAAGGUGGAGACCGUCACUGUGGAGGGAACACAGAGAAGGGAGCUACUGAGUGAACCUGGGGCUCACCACUUCGGCAUCUCUUUCCAUGAUGGGACACUCUACUUCGCCGACUGGAAGAGAUUAGCAAUACUCCACAUACCCGCUGCAGGAGGUACUCUUGGCGUCAUAGCAAAGACUUUCUUGACACAGCUUGCUGGAAUCCAUGUCUUUUCUAACAGAAAUUCCUCAGGUGAUAUUGACUUUCUUCAACUGAAUGUUUGUUGAUGCGAUUAAAUUGAAUUGUAAAUU